GAGAGAGAGAGAGUGAACAAAAAAACAAAACAAAAAAGCUUAAACCAAUGGCGAGCCUUCGUCUCCUCCUCCCCUCCUCGCCCUCUCCCUCAAAACGCUACCGACCCUCCGCCUCUCUCUUCCCCUCCCCAACCUUUUCCUUCCUCCGCCGCCGCCGCCAUUUCCGCCACCUCCCUCCGCCGCCGCCGCCGCCGCCGACGACGACGACGACGACGACGAAGACGGCGAAAAUGGAGUCCUGCUCUUUCCAAAUUUCCCAAGCUGCCCCUCUCCUCCCAUCCUCCUCCUCCUCCUCCUCCUCCUCCUCCGCUCCUCGCCUCCGGGUUCGAUCUCAAGCGCAAGGCGAAUACUCGUCGCAUUCUCCUCCUCCUGAUACCGCUGGAGAUGCCGCGGAUCGGCAGGAGAGCUUCAAUUGGCCCUCCGUGCUUCUCCCGUUUUUGUUCCCGGCGUUGGGGGGACUCCUUUUUGGGUACGAUAUUGGGGCCACAUCCGGUGCUUCCAUCUCUUUGCAGUCUGCUGAUCUGAGUGGUACCAAUUGGUUCAAUCUCUCGGCCGUACAGCUUGGUCUUGUGGUGAGCGGUUCCCUGUAUGGAGCUCUUGCUGGCUCUAUCAUUGCUUAUCCCAUUGCUGAUUUUCUAGGAAGAAGAAUGGAGCUGAUAACAGCUUCUGCACUAUACAUUACCGGUGGCUUGAUCACUGGAUAUGCCCCUAACCUCGCAGUUCUCAUUAUAGGUCGGCUUAUUUAUGGCAUUGGUAUUGGUUUGGCGAUGCAUGGUGCUCCUCUUUAUAUUGCAGAGACCUCCCCAUCGCAAAUACGUGGAACCUUGAUUUCUCUGAAGGAGCUUUUCAUCGUACUCGGAAUUCUGUUGGGUUACCUUGUGGGAAGUGCUCAGAUUAAUGUUAUUGGAGGGUGGCGUUACAUGUAUAGUUUUAGUGCCCCUAUUGCAGUUAUAAUGGGGUUAGGGAUGUGGGUUUUGCCACCUUCUCCAAGAUGGUUACUUUUUAGAGCAGUUCAAGGCAAAGGACCUUUGGCGGAAUAUAAGGAAAGGGCCAUUAAUGCUUUGGCAAAAUUAAGGGGCCGUCCAGCUGGUGAUAAGAUAUCAGAGAGAGAGAUAGACGAUACCUUAGUCUCUCUCAAGUCUGCUUAUGCUGAACAAGAACAGGAGGGAAGUUUCUGGGAGGUGUUCGAAGGUGCUAGUUUAAAGGCCUUCAUCAUCGGUGGAGGGUUAGUUCUCUUUCAGCAGAUAACAGGUCAACCUAGCGUUUUGUACUAUGCGGCCUCAAUACUUCAGAGUGCUGGAUUUUCAGCUGCAUCUGACGCUGCGAGGGUUGCAGUUGUGAUCGGGCUAUUCAAGUUGGUUAUGACAGGGAUAGCUGUUCUAAAGGUUGACAGCCUCGGAAGGCGCCCACUGUUGAUAGGAGGCGUUGGUGGAAUUGUGGUGUCAUUGUUCCUUCUUGCAGCUUACUACAAGAUUCUUGCUGGUUUUCCACUGGUUGCAGUCGGUGCUCUACUCCUUUAUGUUGGGUCCUACCAGGUAUCAUUUGGUCCAAUAAGUUGGCUGAUGGUGUCUGAGAUUUUUCCACUCCGUACAAGAGGCCGUGGAAUCAGUCUCGCAGUCCUCGUCAAUUUCGGAUCAAAUGCUUUAGUAACCUUUGCUUUCUCACCAUUGAAGGAGCUACUGGGCCCGGAUAACAUUUUCCUCCUCUUCGGGGGCAUUGCAUUGCUCUCACUGUUAUUCGUCCUCUUCAAGGUUCCCGAGACAAAAGGAUUGAGUUUGGAGGAAAUCGAAUCAAAGAUACUAAAAUGAAGGAAUUUGAUCAAUCCCACAUCUUUGUUUGUUGUUUGUCCUUUUUCUCCAAAUCAAGCAUCAUUUUUCCUGCAGUCGAUGAACGUCUGAUGUGUUAUAUGUAAAGUGUUUUCACUUUUCGCGUUGGAUAUUGUUAUUUUAUAACUACCGAAAGUUUAAAAAUGUGAUCAGCUUCCCUGAA